AUGAAACCCUUCAGAAGAAGAUCCCUCCUCUCGAUAUGCUUAUCAACCCUCUUCUGCUCUCAACAUGUCCAAGCAAUCACUCUCGACUUACAAAGCCCAGAUUCCGUAAAGGCCGCCGCAAAGCAGGUCGCGGAUAAUAUGGUGUCGUAUUAUACUGGUUACCGGCCAGGGGAUGUUCCUGGAAAUCUUCCAGCACCAUAUUACUGGUGGGAAGCAGGUGCCAUGUUUGGAGCCCUGAUCGACUAUUGGUACUUCACCGGAGACGAUACUUACAAUGAAAUUACCACCCAGGCUCUGCUUCAUCAAGCUGGUCCCGACAGCGAUUUCAUGCCUCCCAAUCAAACCAAAACCGAAGGGAACGAUGAUCAAGCCUUCUGGGGAAUGGCCGCUCUCUCGGCAGCAGAGAAUAAAUAUCCAAAUCCUCCAGCAGACCAGCCCCAGUGGCUCGCCCUAGCCCAGGCCGUCUUUAAUACUCAAGCAGCUCGUUGGGAUACCACCAGCUGUGGAGGCGGCUUGAAAUGGCAAAUCUUCUCCUUCAACAACGGCUACAAUUACAAGAACACCAUUUCCAAUGGAUGCUUCUUCAACAUGGGUGCUCGAUUAGCCGUCUAUACUGGGAAUCAAACCUAUGCCGAUUGGGCUGACCGAAUGUGGGAUUGGUGCUCCGCCAUUGGUCUGCGAGAUGCUCAGUAUAACUUUUAUGAUGGCAGCGAUGACACUCUUAACUGUACUGAGCUCGACCACAUCCAAUGGACCUAUAAUGCUGGCACAUUCCUGGUUGGAGCCGCCAACAUGUACAACUUCACUGGCGGCAGUCAGGUUUGGGCCGACCGAAUCAACGGUAUCAUUGGGAAUCUGGACGUCUUCCUCAAGAACAAUGUGAUAUAUGAGGUUGCUUGUGAAGACACGGGGACGUGUAACAUCGACCAACGAUCCUUCAAGGCAUAUCUCGCCAGGUGGAUGGCGGCGGCAGCUGUCAGGGCACCCUUUGCUUACCCUCUCCUCAAGCCGAUCUUGGAAACGUCCGCGAUGGCGGCUGCUGCCACUUGCACGGGGGGGGACCAGGGCACAUCUUGCGGAUUGAAGUGGACCACAGGAGCCUUCGACGGCAGCACUGGAGUUGGUGAACAAAUGUCGGCUCUCGAAGUCAUUCAAUCCAAUUUGAUCGAUGUAUCGGCCGGGCCCGUCACUGAAACCUCAGGAGGGAACAGUCAGGGCGAUCCCAACGCGGGAACUUCAAGUGAUAUCGGGCCAGAUGAUCUGCAUGAAGAAGAAGUCACCACUGCUGACAAAGCUGGUGCCGCGAUUUUGACUGUAUUGAUUAUUUUCUUCGUUGUGGGAGGUGCAUGGUGGAUGGUGAAGUAG